UUCUCAACAUCCUUUUUGAAUUUUUGGUGCCCAGAACUGGACACAGGAUUAUUCCAGGUGAGGCCUGACCAAAGCAGAAUAGAGAGGCACCAAGCUUUGCCAGCCGGACAUUCUCCUUCUGGACCGAAUGGGGCUCGGUGGUGCUUAGCUUGUCCCCUUCAUGUGGACAUUGGAGGGUGGCCUGGUCUUGGCCCCAUGCCCAAGAAGCCAAGGCCAAAGGCAAGGAAGCCAAGCAGGCCAGGAGGAUUCAACCCAGCCCUUGGCCAGGAGCCCAUGGCACGCCUCCCGGCCUUCAUGCAAAGCUGGGAGUGUGGCCUUCGCAAGGAAGGAGAUGGAGGAGAGAAGAGAAGGAGGGCCACUCCCUGCUGGGCUCCCUUUGCAGCGCCAGAAGCCAAGGGGCACCUCCUUCCAUCAGAGCUGUCCGUAGGGCAAGAAAUUGACUUGGCUGUCAUGGGCUUGGCGGUCCACCUCCUGGUCUGCCUGCUGGGCACAGGCUCCUGGGUGGCCAUCAACGGCAUGUGGGUAGAGCUGCCCCUCAUUGUGCCUAGCGCCCCCGAGGGCUGGCUGCUGCCCUCCUACCUGACGGUCAUCAUCCAGCUGGCCAACGUGGGACCCCUGGCCUUCACCCUGGCCCACCGCUUCCGCCCAGGGGGGCUGAGCGAGGUGGGGGUCAUCUACGCCAUCCUGAGCUUGGGCUGCCUGGCGUGCCUCUUGCUGGCCUUCUUCUGGAGGUCCACCAGCCCAGUGGGAGGCAUCCCUCGCAGCACGGCCCUCCUUGCUCUCCUCUUCUUCUUAGCCUUGGUAGAUUGCACCUCCUCUGUCACCUUCUUGCCCUACAUGAGGAGGCUGCGGCUGGACUACUUGACCACCUACUUCGUGGGUGAAGGGUUGAGCGGCCUCCUGCCUGGCCUGGUGGCCUUAGGGCAAGGUGUGGGCACCCUCCACUGCAAUGGCACAGGCAACGGCACGGGGAGGCCGCAGGAGGACCUCCAAGAGCCCCACUUCUCCGUCCAGACCUUCUUCCUCUUCUUAACCAGCAUGAUGGGCCUCUCGCUGGCAUCCUUCAUCCUCCUCAACUACCUGCCAGUGGCCAAGAGAGAGCGGGCAAAGGAGAAGUACCACACGCGGGUGCAAAUGGAGAAGACAGUGGGCACCCAGGAGACAGUGGAGGAGCGGCCCAUGAUCAGAGGGACCCCUGGACGCUCCUUCGGCUCUGGGACUUAUUCCCAGGCCCAGCUGGCCAUCAUCUUUGUGCUGCUGGGCUGGGUCAACGCCUUGACCAAUGGGGUCCUGCCAGCCGUCCAGUCCUACUCCUGCUUGCCCUAUGGGAACGCUGCCUACCACCUUUCAGCCACUUUGGCCGCCUUGGCCAACCCUCUGGCCUGCUUCCUGGGGAUGUUCCUGCCCCACAGGUCCCUGGUGGUCUUGGGCUGCCUCUCUUUGGCCGGAUCCUUCCUUGCCUGCUACAUCAUGGCCGCGGCGGUGCUCAGCCCCUGCCCUCCGUUGCUUCAUGCGCCUCUCGGAGCCAUCCUCAUCGUCCUGUGCUGGGUGCUCUUUGUCGGGGUCCUCUCCUACGUCAAGCUGAUGAUCGGGGUGAUUCUGCGAGAUGAAGGCCGGAGUGCCCUGGUCUGGUGUGGAGCCGUGGUCCAACUGGGCUCCAUGGUGGGCGCCCUCACCAUGUUCCCCUUGGUCAGCGUCUAUAGCCUCUUCCGCUCUGGAGAGCCCUGUGGCAACACCUGCCCUGGUUAGAAGAGCACCGGAGAACAGACAGGGCCCUGGGGGGCACUACAUGCACCCCCAAGACUGGCACCCUAGAUGCCCUGCCAAGGAUGCAGAGGGCCCUUGGCCACAUCUCCAGGACUUCAGAUGCAGCUGCAUUGUAGCAGGUAGACACUUUAGCAGGUAGUGCCAUAGGCCAGGAUGUCUCACCUGGGAUACUCCCAGCGCCUCUUCUUCAGGUAUAACCAUAGUUAGGACUGAAUCUCCCAGCAUCCACACAGCCAGAAGGAGGAGGGGCCCGCCCUGCAUCAGUACCCUUCCAUAUCAUCUGAACUGAGGACCACAACAACAAUAUCUGGACCAAAUGCAGGGUUGUGACUAACUUCAUCAAUUUCUUUCUCUCUUGUUCCUGUAUCAUUUUAACACCUUUUCCUGAUGAAGAAACCAGCAGAGCUUUGAAAAGCUUGCAACAAGAAUAAUGUGCAUUUUGGUUGGCCCAAUAAAAGUAACACUGCUUUGUGGAUUUUGGAUGAUGCAGUCCAUAGUAAGGACUUGAAUUCUCUUGCUCUCUUACUCAUCUGUGAGUAAGUUCCCCUACCGAAGCCAUCAGACAUUUUUGUGCAAUGCAAAGUUUUGCAUUUAGCCCAGAGUUUUGGAAGUGCAGUUGUGCAUGUGCUGCCGUUGCACAGGUGCUAUUCUUUUGUACUUUCUCAUUUAUAAUGCAUCAAAUGCAAAACUUUGGAAUAAAUCUGCACCACUGCGUUUUAUUUUCAACAGCAGAA